GCGAGGAUAGGGACGUGAUCCUGUGGGAUCUGGCGCAAGGUAGUAAGGUGGCCACAUUCACAGGCCAUGAGGAUGCCGUGUACUCGCUCUGCUUCAGUGGUGAUACCAAUGUGCUGUCCAGCGGAGGCGCAGACAACACUGUGCGUUUGUGGGAUGUCAAGGCGGCUGGUGGCACGAGCAA